GAAAGAGGAGAAGGAAGAAGAAGAAAAAGAAGAAGAAACCCACUACCUUCCCAGGAUUGCCUUUUUUUUCCUUAUCUUUACGCGCGAGUGUGCGUGAGGCGCGUGUGCGCCCCUCGUCCCUUCCAUCCGAACCCGAUCUUGGAUGUUUAAUAAAGAAAUCAAGUGUCUCAACAGUCACCAAAAAAAAACGCAAAAACAAAACAAAAAAAAAAAUCCAAAAGCAAAAACAAAAAGAGAGAGAGAGGAAAAAAAAAAUCCAAAACAAACAAACAAACAAGGCAGAACCAACCUCUACUUGAAAGCAGCCGGCACAAGCCACCCGUGUCUGCCACCCAGAGAGGGGGGUCUCUGGCCCGUGCUGGAGGAGUUGCAGGGGGGAUCGUCAGGGGGACAGAGGCCGAGUGACGUCCUAGGAGCCACCGGGCAAGAGGCGGAGGAGACCCAGAGAGGCCAGAGAGACAGCGGGCCCCGGCGCGCGGCUCGGGGCUGGGGCGCCAGAAGUGGGACUGGAGCGAAGUAGAGGAUGCCGAGGAGAAAACAGCAGGCACCCAAGCGGGCGGCAGGCUACGCCCAGGAGGAACAGCUGAAAGAAGAGGAGGAAAUAAAAGAAGAAGAGGAGGAAGAGGACAGUGGUUCAGUAGCUCAACUGCAGGGUGGCAAUGACACAGGGACAGACGAAGAGCUAGAAACCGGCCCGGAGCAGAAAGGCUGCUUCAGCUACCAGAACUCUCCAGGAAGUCACCUGUCCAAUCAGGACGCCGAGAACGAGUCUCUGCUGAGCGACGCCAGCGAUCAGGUGUCGGACAUCAAGAGCGUCUGCGGCCGAGAUGCCUCGGACAAGAAAAGCAACACUCCCGUCCAGCUUCCGCACGAAACGCACAACUGCAUGGACAAAAUGACUGCAGUCUACGCCAACAUCCUGUCUGAUUCCUAUUGGUCGGGCCUGGGUCUCGGCUUCAAGCUGUCCAAUAGCGAGAGGCGGCACUGCGACGCCCGGAAUGGCGGCAACAAGAGCGAUUUUGAUUGGCACCAAGACGCUCUGUCCAAAAGCCUGCAGCAGAACUUGCCUGCCAGGUCCGUGUCGAAGCCCAGUCUGUUCAGCUCAGUGCAGCUGUACCGGCAGAGCAGCAAGAUGUGCGGGACUGUGUUCACCGGGGCCAGCCGAUUCCGAUGCCGGCAGUGCAGCGCCGCCUACGACACCCUCGUGGAGCUGACAGUGCACAUGAACGAAACGGGCCACUAUCAAGAUGACAACCGCAAGAAGGACAAGCUCAGACCCACGAGCUAUUCAAAGCCCCGGAAGAGGGCUUUCCAGGAUAUGGACAAGGAGGAUGCUCAGAAGGUUCUGAAAUGUAUGUUUUGUGGCGACUCCUUCGAUUCUCUCCAAGAUUUGAGUGUCCACAUGAUUAAAACAAAACAUUACCAAAAAGUGCCUUUGAAGGAGCCAGUCCCAACCAUUUCCUCGAAAAUGGUCGCCCCGGCGAAGAAACGCGUUUUCGAUGUCAAUCGGCCGUGUUCCCCCGAUUCAACCACGGGAUCUUUUGCAGAUUCUUUUUCUUCUCAGAAGAACGCCAACUUGCAGUUGUCCUCCAACAACCGCUAUGGCUACCAGAAUGGAGCCAGCUACACCUGGCAGUUUGAGGCCUGCAAGUCCCAGAUCUUAAAGUGCAUGGAGUGUGGGAGCUCCCAUGAUACCUUGCAGCAGCUCACCACCCACAUGAUGGUCACAGGUCACUUUCUCAAGGUCACCAGCUCUGCCUCCAAGAAAGGGAAGCAGCUGGUGUUAGAUCCGCUGGCUGUGGAGAAAAUGCAGUCAUUGUCCGAGGCUCCAAACAGUGAUAGUCUGGCUCCCAAGCCAUCCAGUAACUCAGCAGCAGACUGUACAGCCUCUACCACUGAGUUAAAGAAAGAGAGUAAAAAAGAAAGGCCAGAGGAAACCAGCAAGGAUGAGAAAGUCGUGAAAAGAGAGGACUAUGAAGAUCCUCUACAAAAACCUUUAGACCCUACAAUCAAAUAUCAAUAUCUAAGGGAGGAGGACUUGGAAGAUGGCUCAAAGGGUGGAGGGGACAUUUUGAAAUCUUUGGAAAAUACUGUCACCACAGCCAUCAACAAAGCCCAAAACGGGGCCCCCAGCUGGAGUGCCUACCCCAGCAUCCACGCAGCCUAUCAGCUGUCCGAGGGCACUAAGCCACCUUUGCCUAUGGGAUCCCAGGUACUGCAGAUCCGGCCUAAUCUCACCAACAAGCUGAGGCCCAUUGCACCAAAGUGGAAAGUGAUGCCACUCAUUUCUGUGCCCACAAACCUGGCCCCUUACACUCAAGUCAAGAAGGAGUCAGAAGACAAAGAUGAAGUGGUGAAGGAGUGUGGGAAAGAAAGUCCCCAUGAAGAGGCUUCAUCUUUCAGCCACAGUGAGGGCGACUCUUUCCGUAAAAGCGAAACGCCCCCAGAAGCCAGAAAGACAGAGCUGGGUCCCCUGAAAGAGGAGGACAAGCUGAUGAAAGAGGGCAGCGAGAAGGAGAAACCCCAACCGCUGGAGCCCACUUCUGCUCUGAGCAACGGGUGCGCCCUUGCCAACCACGCCCCAGCCCUGCCAUGCAUCAACCCGCUCAGCGCCCUGCAGUCCGUCCUGAACAAUCACCUGGGCAAAGCCACGGAGCCCUUACGCUCAACUUCCUGCUCCAGCCCAAGUUCAAGCACAAUUUCCAUGUUCCACAAGUCGAAUCUCAGUGUCAUGGACAAGCCAGUCCUGAGUCCCACCUCCUCAAGACCAGCCAGCGUGUCCAGGCGCUACCUGUUUGAGAACAACGAUCAGCCCAUUGACCUGACCAAGUCCAAAAGCAAGAAAGCCGAGUCCUCGCAAGCACAAUCCUGUACAUCCCCGCCUCAGAAGCACGCUCUGUCUGACAUCGCAGACAUGGUCAAAGUCCUCCCCAAAGCCACCACCCCAAAGCCUGCCGCUCCCUCCAGGGUCCCUCCCAUGAAGCUGGAAAUGGAUGUCAGGCGCUUUGAGGAUGUCUCCAGUGAAGUCUCGACUUUGCAUAAAAGAAAAGGCCGGCAGUCCAACUGGAAUCCUCAGCAUCUUCUGAUUUUACAAGCUCAGUUUGCCUCGAGCCUCUUCCAGACAUCAGAGGGCAAAUACCUGCUGUCCGAUCUGGGCCCUCAAGAGCGUAUGCAAAUCUCGAAGUUUACGGGACUCUCAAUGACCACUAUCAGUCACUGGCUGGCCAACGUCAAGUACCAGCUUAGGAAAACGGGCGGGACAAAAUUUCUGAAAAACAUGGACAAAGGCCACCCCAUCUUUUAUUGCAGUGACUGUGCCUCCCAGUUCAGAACCCCUUCUACCUACAUCAGUCACUUAGAAUCUCACCUGGGUUUCCAAAUGAAGGACAUGACCCGCUUGUCAGUGGACCAGCAAAGCAAGGCGGAGCAAGAGAUCUCCCGGGUAUCAUCGGCUCAGAGGUCUCCGGAAACAAUAGCUGGUGAAGAGGACACAGACUCUAAAUUCAAGUGACGAAUGCCUUAGUUUCCACUUUCCAGCCUGGAUCCCCUCACACUGAAUCCUUCUUCGUUGCACCAUUCUGCUUCUGACAUUGAACUCAUUGAACUCCUCCUGACACCCUGGCUCCGAGAAGACUGCCCAAAAAAAAAAAAAAAAAAAAAAAAUCACCCCAGCCAUUUCUCUUCAUCCUCACUAACAAUUUGGUAAUGAAGUAUUGAUUUCCACUUCUCUGCUUAUGGGCGAUAUUAGAUUUUCAUUGAUAAACUGCAAUGGGUCUGUCUCGUCUCUGCAGUACCCUUUUCACUGUCACAAGAAAACAAAGUGCCACCGAAGAAAAGUCAUGACUGAGAACACUGAUGUACUUAUUUUGUCAGUUUGUAACAGGAGAGUGGGUGCGGGGGGGAGUAUAAGUCUUCAUAGUUUAAUGUCCACGUGGGCUGCACUCGAGGUAGACACUUGGAGGCUUACUUUUCAUGGUAAUGUCCAUUUCCUAUUUAUAACCCCUCUGGGAACGUUUGUCUAAAGGAAAUGUUUCUGUUCAGUGUAACAAUUACACUUGCACCUGGAUUGCCCAGUCCUGCCCCUGCACUAGGGGACCAUUAAUCACUACAAAGUAGAAGAAUGAUUAAGUUAAACCAGAGUUUGAGCCAAGAAAACCCCUGAACAAUGUUCAUCUUCUGUGAAACUUGUUCAAAUAGUUAAGCUUAACCAUGUUGCUGCCAAAGACUGUUCCCAUGCAGUGGUGAGCACCUUGAUCAUCAUCAUCUUGAUUGGUUAAAAAAAAAAAAAAAAAGUUUCAAGCACGCACCACUGUCAUAUGAGAACUGCAAAUUGGGAGAAUUGGUGAAGUGCAGAAUCUGAGAGAACGCGACAUGACAUCAUUGCAGGGUGGAAAGGUCCGCACAGCCUUUUCUGGGAAUCCCUUUCUGAGGACUCUUUAUUUGCGGGCUCUAAAACGCCACUUAGCUUUAGAAGCAACAGAAAGCAUGAAAUAGGGUGUCCGUUUUAAAUGUGUUCCCUCAACUUUUUUCAUUAAAACUUUGAGGGCCCAAUUUUAAUUUGUGGACUAUUCCCGUUAAUAAUGAGAUCUAAUUAAGACAUCCAUUAAAAGCCCGUUAAAGUUAAUUUAACGUAAAAAUUCCAAUAGAACUGUAUUAGAUUUUGUCCAUUAAAUUAACAUUAUGGAUUUUUAACGGAUGUCUUAAUUAUACGUUAUUAUUAACGGGAAUACUGUAUUACACAGAUUAAAAUCAGGUCCUAAGUCAACUUGGAAAAGCUAAGAGCAUGUUUUAAUACUGAAAGUCUUGCAUACCUGGUGCACAGUUUGGAGACGCAAGGAUGGAUCUGUUUACUCUAGUUGAACAUUUUCUAUACAAUUGAAAGCAACCUA